AUGUCAUCAUCUGAAAAACCUAGCUCCAAAGGACAGGCAUGGUUCUGCACAACUGGAUUACCAAGUGACAUUGUGGUUGAAGUGGAUGACAUGACCUUUCAUCUUCACAAGUUUCCUCUUAUGUCAAAGAGUAGAAAGCUUCAUGACCUGAUAACCCAGCAAGAAGCAGAGGCAAUAACGCAUUCUGCAGUCCCACAGGAAGAAGCAGAUGAAGAUGAAAUCGUGGAAGAACAGUGUCAUGUUACGUUUACUGAUUUCCCUGGCGGCUCUGAGGCGUUUGAGAUGGCGGCUAAAUUCUGUUACGGUGUUAAAAUGGAACUGUCACCGUCCAAUGUAGCUUCACUCCGUUGCGCCGGUGAGUUUCUUGAUAUGACAGAAGAUUACUCCGAGGAUAAUCUCAUCUCCAAAACAGAGAAGUACAUCUCGCAGCAUGUGCUUAAGAGCCUUGGGAACUCAAUCAAAACCCUAAAAUCCUGCGAGCGGUUGUUUCCUAUGUCGGACGAUUUGGGAAUCACGGAGAGGUGCAUCGAUUCCGUUAUCUCCAGAGCUUCGUCGGCGGACCCUGCGUUGUUUGGUUGGCCUGUGAGUGAGGCCAUUGCAUCUGCUUCUAAACAGAUUCUUUGGAACGGAAUUGAUGCUGCCGGGAGAAGAAACGGUGCCGGAGAGUCUUGGUUUGAAGAUCUGGCACUUCUGCGUUUGCCUCUGUUCAAACGAUUGAUUCUCGCCAUGAGAGAUGCAGAGCUUAACCCUGAGAUUAUCGAAACGUGUGUAAUGUAUUACGCCAAGAAGUACAUUCCCGGUGUUUCGAGAUCGAGCCGAAAGCCGUUAUCAUCAUCCUCGUCAGUUUUAUCAGAGACGGAGCAGAAAGAGAUUCUGGAAACAGUUGUUUCGAAUCUUCCACAUGAGAAGAAUUUGAACUCGUCCACGGCGACGAGGUUUCUAUUCGGAUUGCUGCGAACGGCGAACAUACUGAACGCUUCCGAAGCAUGUAGAAACUCUUUAGAGAAGAAGAUAGGGUUACAGCUUGAAGAAGCCACACUCGAUGAUCUUCUCGUACCGAGUUAUUCGUAUCUGAACGAAACGCUUUACGAUGUUGACUGCGUAGAGAGGAUUUUAUCUCAUUUUCUGAAUGGCUUCGAAGCAAGAAACGUCGCUGUUGAAACAGUCGCAGAGGUAAUCGAAGGAGGCGAAACCGCCGCGAGAACACCGGCGAUGAUGCUCGUCGGGAAACUCAUAGACGGAUAUCUCUCUGAAAUAGCUUCAGACGCAAAUCUCAAGCCGGAGAGAUUCUACAAGUUUGCAAUCUCUCUUCCAGAUCAGGCAAGACUCUUCGACGACGGUCUCUACCGUGCCGUUGAUGUGUAUCUCAAGGCACAUCCAUGGCUUUCGGAAUCGGAUAGGGAGAAGAUUUGCGGAUUACUUGACUGUCAAAAGCUAACGCUAGAAGCAUGCACACACGCGGCGCAAAACGAGAGACUUCCAUUACGCGCGGUGGUUCAAGUUCUUUUCUUCGAGCAGUUACAGCUUCGUCACGCCAUCGCCGAGACGCUGAUAGCGGCGGAGACAGGUACAGAGAUAGGGCGUCACUCAGCUGCGCUGGAACGCGAAGAGGAAGACGGAGGAGAACCAUUACGGUUAGGGUUUGAAUCAGAGCACGUGCAGGAAGAGAACAGCACGUGGCGUGUAACGGUGAGGGAGAAUCAGGUGUUGCGCUUCGAUAUGGAUAGCAUGAGAACGCGGGUGCAUCAGCUGGAACGUGAGUGUUCCUCGAUGAAGAAAGUGAUUGAGAAGAUUGAAAAGCCUGCUACACACGGCGGUGGAUGGAGGACGUCGCUGGGGAAGAAACUCGGUUGCAAGUUUAAAACUCAGGUUUGUGACUCGCAUCAAUCAGCGGUUGUUGACACGCGCAAGGGACGCCAACGCAACUCGCAGCAGCAGCAGCAUUCUCAUCAUGAAUAA